UCUGAACCAAAAUCUGAUCUCCUUUCCGUAGUCUUAUCUUUCCCACUGCAUUGACAGGAACCAUACUUACAACACUCCAAGACCCCACUAACCAAAAUAUCUCUUUAAACCAAUAUCUUUAACAAACACUUCUUGCACGAGAACUGAAACCCAAUUCCGUUAAACCCUAACCCCAUGGAACUCUCGCGCCUCUUUGUUUCUGACACGUGCUUCUUCUCUCCUCCGAUUCGCUAUUCCCCUGUGCCGGCACUAUCCACCUUUUUCGCCGUAAACCUCCGCAUUAACCGCCGCCGGAGGAGGAGCCUUUGCUCGGCCUCCAACAAUGAUACCUUACUCGCAGGCGGCGGCCCUGUAGUCGCCGGGGACAGAGAGAAGCACGAGGAGGACUUGAAAUCUUGGAUGCACAAACACGGCCUCCCGCCGUGCAAGGUUGUUUUGAAGGAUAAACCUUGCCACAAUGAUCCCCAUAAGCCUAUUCAUUACGUUGCAGCAAGUCAAGAUCUUCAGGUUGGCGAUGUUGCAUUCUCCGUUCCUAAUUCCUUAGUUGUUACGCUGGAGAGGGUAUUGGGAAACGAGACUGUUGCUGAGCUAUUGACAACAAACAAAUUGUCUGAAUUGGCGUGCUUGGCAUUGUAUCUGAUGUAUGAGAAAAAACAGGGGAAGAAGUCCUUCUGGUAUCCAUACAUCAGGGAGCUUGAUCGUCAACGAGGUAGGGGCCAGCUGUCGGUGGAAUCACCUCUUCUAUGGUCAAAAUCUGAGCUGGACUACCUGUUAGGAAGUCCAGUUAAGGAUGAAGUUAUUGAAAGGGUAGAAGCAAUAAGAAAAGAGUAUAACGAACUCGACACAGUUUGGUUCAUGGCAGGAUCUCUGUUUCAGCAAUAUCCAUAUGACAUUCCCACUGAGGCUUUUUCAUUCGAGAUUUUCAAACAAGCCUUUGCUGCUAUUCAGUCUUGUGUGGUGCAUUUACAGAAAGUUAGUUUAGCUCGGAGAUUUGCUUUAGUUCCCCUGGGACCUCCUUUAUUGUCCUACCAAAGCAACUGCAAGGCAAUGUUAACUGCUGUUGAUGGUGCUGUUGAGCUUGCAGUUGAUCGUCCAUAUAAAGCUGGGGACCCGAUUGUUGUCUGGUGUGGCCCACAACCUAAUUCAAAGUUACUAAUAAACUAUGGUUUUGUUGAUGAAAAUAAUUCCAAUGAUCGUCUAAUAGUUGAGGCAGCUUUAAAUACUGAAGAUCCACAAUAUCAAGAUAAAAGAAUGGUGGCUCAAAGAAAUGGAAAGUCAUCAGUUCAAGUUUUUCGUGUAUAUUCUGGGAAGGAAAGGGAAGCUCUCUUAGAUAUGCUUCCUUAUCUGCGUUUGGGCUAUCUUUCAGAUCCUUCUGAGAUGCAAUCUGUCAUCUCCUCCCAAGGUCCAGUUUGUCCUGUAAGCCCUUGUAUGGAACGGGCUGUGUUGGACCAGCUGGGAGAUUAUUUCAAGACUCGGCUGGCUGGGUACCCUACAACAUUGGCUGAAGAUGAAUCUAUGCUGGCAGAUGGUAAUUUGAAUCCGAAGAAGCGAGUUGCUACCCAAUUUGUUAUGCUGGAAAAAAAAAUCCUUCAUGCCUGCUUGCAUGCAACAACUGAUUUCAUAAAUCAGCUUCCAGAUCACAGUAUAUCUCCCUGCCCUGCUCCCUAUGCACCUUUAUUAAAAUGAAAGGUCAAUUACAGUAAUAUAUUUGAAUCACAGCUCAAUGAACAAUGAUGCAAGAAUUCUGAAUUUAAAAGGUUACGGCUGGGCUUUUACCCCUGAAGAUAAAAUUUCAAUGUGUUCGCGUCCCUUGAAUUAGGCGUUGCUUCAUUCCCUGGGUAAGGAAGCAUCAUUGGUCAAAUUUGUUUCACUGUCUUCCUGUAGUUGCACUGAUCCUUAUAUUUGAGCGUUGGAACGACAUCUUCUGUAAAUGGAAACUUGAAUCACAAUAUCUAAUUCAUUUGUGUAUAUAGUUCUAUCAAUUUUGCACGUCAAA